GUUUUCAUCCCAUUGAUCAAGGACCAUUCACACACUCUUUCCCUCUCAAGUUGUGCUUUGUUCUUAUCUUUAUGAAUAGUAUUUAGAUCCCUUCUCAAAUAGCCCUCACCCACAUAUAUUGCAACCCCAAUUUUGCUUUUUUUUCCCCCUCUAUAGUAUCACUGCCCUUCUCUCCCUUUCUUAUAUUUUCCUCCAACUCAUUAAAAUUUUUAUUUUUCAAGGAAACUCAUCUUAGCAAUGAAUCAAUGUGUACCGGGUUGGGAUCUCGAUGAUAGUACCAAGAUCAAUGUACCUCAAGGCGUCCCUUCAUUAGAUUAUGAAGUGGCGGAGCUAACAUGGGAAAAUGGGCAACUAGCCAUGCAUGGCCUCGGCGUGCCACGCGCCGGCGGCACGCUCGAGUCCAUCGUCAGCCAAGCCACCUUCUGCCCGCCGCCGCCAAAUCCCACCGCCGACGCCAAGGACCCGGCGCCGUGGUCCGAGCACCACCCCAACCCUGAAGCCAGAACCACGGACGCAAUGGUGCCGUGCCCCAACGGCGUCCGUGGGGACGCCAGCAGGGCCGGGUGCUCGUCCACUGGCUCCCGCCGCGUUGUGCGCGCGGGCGCACGCAGCGUGGGCGAGAGCGCCACGUGCGGCGGGAUGUCGGUUGACACAUGGGAGAGGGAAUUCCGUGGGCCCGGGUUCACGUCACCGACGGCGUCGAUGAUUUCGCCGGGAAACACUAUCUCCGGCAAUGACCGCGGCUGCGUUCCCCUUCACAGCAGCUCUCAGAGAAACGCAGAUGAGGAAGAGGGCAGAAGAAGAGACAGUGGAAAGUCUUCAGUUUGCACAAAAAGGAAUAGGGCAGCCGCAAUUCAUAACCAAUCCGAACGUAAACGAAGAGACAAAAUCAAUCAAAAAAUGAAGACGUUGCAAAAAAUGGUCCCACAUUCCAGCAAGAAUGACAAAGCAUCAAUGUUGGAUGAGGUGAUAGAGUACUUGAAGCAAUUGCAAGCUCAAGUGCUGCAAGCUCAAGUGCUGCAAGCUCAAGUGCACAUGAUGAGUAGGAUGAACAUGAACAUGAACAUGCCAUCCAUGAUGUUGCCACUAGCUUUGCAGCAGCAGCAGCUUCAGAUGUCGAUGAUGGGAUGCAUGGGCAUGGGGAUGGGUGUCAUGGACAUGAACACUAUCCCCCGCCCCGCGGUGCCAUGGGACAAUGGAGGGGACUGUUCGGCACCGCCUCAGCCGACUGCGGCCGCCGCCUCCGUCAUGCCGGACCCUUUAGCAGCACUUCUUGCAUGCCAAAAUCAACCAUUGACUAUGGAUGCUUAUAGUAGGGUGGCAGCUAUGUACCAGCAAUUGCAGCAACAGUUACCUGGUUCAAAAAAUUAAAAAUGGGUUUUAUGAAAGAGAACUAUAUAUAGUUUUGAUAAUUUCAUGUAUGCGUUUGAGGGAUUAAUUUUUCCUCUGAUUACUGCAUAAAUUUAUGUUCUCCAUUAACUGGAGCUUUUAGUAGAGUUUCGUGUUACUAUGUGUAUAAUAUAGAAUAGUUCUUUUAUUCUUUUUUCUGGACCUGGAAUUCAGCGAAUGUGACUCAAUUUCAAUGUCCAUUUAAUAUAAUAAUACUUAUUUAGUUCUUUUGUUCUAUAUAUAA